UCCUAAAAAGACCCCAUCUUUCUCUAUAUUACACCCUCCAUUAAUUUCUUUCAUUUCUCUCAUCAACCAACACACUACACACAAACCUUGUAAACCACAAAAUGACAGACUCCAUAACUGGUACUAAUUUCAUAGCAAUAGCAACCUGGUUUGCACCUUCACCCCUCUUCAUCCUUGUAAACCUUGUCAUCGGUACCAUAGCUCUCGUUUCUUGCUUCAGUGCUGCACCCAAAACCAAAAUCAUCCAACGAGCCAAGUCCUUUAAUACCCGUCACUACUACAACCACCAAGAACAAACAUCUAGUAUUACAAAACCCGAGUCAGGAUCCGAGUCCACUCAACCCCAGGUCGUUCAAAUACCAUCUCUCUUAAAGCGUGUCGUGUCCUUCAAUCUCUCCCUCCAUAAACUUGCACCACCACACAUAAAAACACAUUACGUUCAACCCGAACCCGAAAACUCCUCCGCGGAACAGGAUCCAAAACCGGUUUCUGAUUCCGGUGAUGAAGAGAAGAGCUCGGUGGAACUGAAGAGAUCGGUGAGCGAGAAAGAGUGCUCGAUGACGUUGGAUUGGGAGGAGGAAGAGGAUGAAGAAGCGUUGGAGAGGAGGAGGCCUGCAACCGCGAUGGCGAGAAGUGAAACGACGACGUGUAAAGAAGAUGAAGGGGUUGAUGCAAAAGCUGAUGAUUUUAUUAACAUGUUUAAAAAGCAAUUGAAGUUGCAGAGGCUUAAUUCUUUAAUCCGUUACAGAAACACACUCACACUUCCCUUUGAAUAGUGAUAGUUGUUCAUGGAAGAAAAGACUAUAUAGUGUUGUUGUAAUACAGAAAUUAAAAUGUUAGGGUUGAUGUGAAUUUAGUUAUAAAUUAAGUCAGUGUUUUGAAUUUAGUUAUAAAAUGUUAGGGUUGAUAUUUUGUUAUAAAAGUAGGCGCUGGUAUAGUUUUUUUUUA